CGGAGUCUGCGCAACAUGGUUUCUGAAGCCUUCCAGGCGCGUAUGCGAAGUCUCUUCUGGUAUUUGACGCGUGCCUCUGGAGCAUUUGGGGCUUCCUAAAGGAGCGACAGGAUCGCGAUGGCGGAGCGUAAGAGACGCAGUGGUGGAGGACGAAGCGGGCUCGGGCUUUAUGGGGCGGCAGCCUCAGUUUUGACAGGACUGGAAAACGGGGAAGGGUCCCUGAAGAACCUCGUGUACGGAAGUAGCUUCCAGAACCCUCGGCCGCUGUAUGCUCUUGUUUCGGAGACUCUGCGCUAUUCUGAUGUGCUGGACUCUAUCUUGGGCGCUGCUGGUUUGCUCCGCAUUGAAAAGAAGCUGCAACCCCACCUGGCCAAGGUGCUGACAUAUGACUUACUCUUGGGCAAAGGUCUGCGCGGCGGAGGGCAUGGGAAGGCCCUGGUGCUGAAGCACCGAGCACGGCUACAGGCUGAGCUUGCUCGCUUGAAAGUCCAGAAGAAGGUGAGCCGCAAUGAAGACCUGCUGCCACUUGCAGGAGCUGGACAAGCUCCUCAGGUGCCACGCUAUGUCCGGGUGAACACCCUGAAAACACACCUGGAUGACGUUGUGGAUUAUUUCAAGCGGCAGCAGUACUCUUACCAGGGCAAGGCUGGCAGCAUGGAUGAAGUGAGCUCCUUGUCAGGGAAGAAGUUCUUUCUGGACCCCCACCUUCCUGAGCUGCUGAUCUUUCCCUCGCAGAUGGACUUCCAUGACAAUCAGCUGUACACGGCAGGGCAUAUUAUCCUGCAAGACAAGGCUAGCUGCCUCCCUGCUUUUCUUCUCAACCCACCGCCAGGGUCCCACAUUAUUGAUGCCUGUGCUGCACCUGGAAACAAGACCAGCCAUCUGGCGGCUAUCAUAAAGAACAAAGGCCGGAUCUUUGCCAUUGACCUCGAUGCCAAGCGCCUGGCCACCAUGAGCACGAUGUUGAUGCGGGCCGGGGCCACCUGCUACCAGCUGGCACAUCAAGACUUCCUAAACAUCAACCCUGGUGACCCCAAGUACAGCGAAGUGAGAUACAUCCUGCUGGACCCAUCAUGCAGUGGCUCAGGAAUGGCCAGCCGGGUGCCAGUGGAGAACGCCCCCGACCCAGAACGGUUGCAAGCACUAGCUGGAUUUCAGAAAAAAAUGCUGGCUCAUGCCUUGAGCUUCCCUGCUCUCCAGCGCCUGGUUUAUUCCACAUGCUCAGUGUACCAGGAGGAGAAUGAGGAUGUGGUGUGGGAUGUGCUGCAGCAGCGGGGAAAAGACUUCAGGCUGGUGGAAGUCCUGCCCUCCUGGUCCCAUCGUGGUUCAGGCACCUUUGCUGAGGCCAAGUUCUGCCUCCGUGCAUCCCCAAAGGAAACUCUGACCAAUGGGUUCUUUGUUGCUGUACUGGAGAGGUGGCACGGAAGAGCUUCUGAGGAAAGCUCCACAGCUGUACUCCCCAAGGCUGAAAACACUGCAAAAGAAGACUGUUGCCCUGUUCCCAAAAAGAAGAAGAAACAGGCAAGAAGUGUGUUGUGAGUUUCUUUCUGGAGCCAGAUGAGACCCAAGACUACCUCUGUGAAUGUCGCAUGGAGGACUCAGACAGUGAAGACAAAUUUGUACCUAUAAUAAAAGGAGGAAAAUGGA